CAGGCUUUUCCCUCGAAUCUUUUCGAGAGUCUUUUUCACGUUCAUUUUCACCUAUUCUCUUGCUUUUUGACUAAGAACACUUCUUAAAAGAAAUGGCAGCAAACACAAGUCCAGCUAUCACUAUGACUUGUGAGGUUUGUUCAGAGUAUUAUACUGACCCCCUCAUGCUUCCCUGUCUUCACUCAUUCUGUAAGAAGUGUCUAAUAAAAGCUAAAGAGAAGCAAGGCAGUGCUGAUACCUCAUUAAAGUGUCCAACGUGUGACACUUGCGUUAAUUUACCUGACGGUAACAUUGAAGGCCUCACUCAAAACCUUUGGCUAGCUCAGCAAGUGAAGGAAGAAUCUGUUAAAAAUACAAUGAGCAAGAAAGAAAGCACAUUAUGUGAGCAAUGUAGUGACGAUACUGCUGUCACUUUUUGCUGUGAGUGUUGGCUGUUUCUAUGCGAUUUCUGCAAGACAGCGCACAAGAGAAUAAAGACUACAAGUCAACACAAACUGGUUAACAUAGGAAAGGAGAGCAUCCCUCAAUUAAGCACAGAAUUGCCAACUAUGAAGCAUCAAGCCAUUUAUUGCAUUCAACAUUCAGAAAAGCUGACAUACUACUGCAAGGAUUGCGAUAAAUUAGUUUGCCAAAUUUGUCUUAACAUGCACCAUAAAAAUCAUAACUACAAUUAUUACAUAGAUGAAGGUGAGGCAGCAUGUAAAGCAUUAAAGGAAAGCGUUGCUAGUUGUGAUGGACUCAUUCCUCCAGUCACUGAAGCUAUUGCUGAUGGAGAGAAGAUGCUGGAGCAGAUAGCAACACGUAAGGAAGAAGUAAGGCAAGAAAUCAAGGAAACAAUUGAAGAGCUUAAAGCUGCUUUAGAUAAGAGAUGCAAUGAUCUACUAAUGGAGGCAGAAGAGAUUGCUAGCGCUAAGAGGAAUUCUGUCAAGAAGCAGUUGGACAGGUUUCGUAAACUGGUAAAACAGGUUUCUCAUGGUCUUCAUCUUGCAUCAUCAGUGAGUGAGCGUACUGAUCCAGGUGAAGUUCUCAGUGUUAAGAAGCUAAUCACCAAUCAACUAGAGGAAUGCAUUGAAGAGUAUAAGAAAUUACCUCUAGAAAUAGAAGAAAAUGAAGCAAUUGUGACAAAUCUAGAUACAUCUACUUUAAAUAAAAAAAUCAGUGAGUAUGGAUACAUUUUCAAACUUGAGCAGCUUGACCCAUCACUUUAUUCCAUUGAUAGUGGGUUAGCUAUUCCAUUGGCAACAGUAAAGAAAGAAAGGAAAUUUAAAGUGGCUCUACCAGCAGGCAUUGAUAAAGCAGCAAGCUAUUUGAAGGCUUCCUUUAUCAAAAGUGAUGGUAGUAAAGAGGAGGGAAGAGUUAUAGUUAAUGAUAACAACACAGCCAUUGUAUCAUGCACACCUCAAAGCAUUGGAGGAUAUGAACUAUCAGUGACUAUAAGAGUUCAGUCAGGUCACCAUAUUAAAGGUAGUCCUUAUCAACUGUCAGUAAAAGCAUCAAGAGACUAUACUACUCUAACUAACGAGAGAUACUUUAAUGUGGGGAAUUAUACUACUGGUGUUGCUGUUCAUACUAAUGGUGAAGUAUUUGCUAGUAGUAGGGAUGGGUUUGUUCAGGUAUUUAGGAAGGAUGGUAUUGCAGUAAGAAGGAUUGGAUCUAGAGGUAAUAGUAAUGGACAGUUUGGAUGUCCUUGGGGUUUAUUACUAGUAGGAGACAGGCUCUAUGUGUCUGAUAAUAUUCUUCAUCGUGUGCAAUAUUUCUCAGCUACUACUGGUCAGUAUAUUGGUCAGUUUGGUAGUUAUGGUAAUAGAAAUGGACAAUUCUCUAAUCCGUGUGGUAUGUCCACAGAUGGUAAAGGUACUAUAUUAGUUGCUGAUAACAGCAACAAAAGAGUACAAGUGUUUAAAGAAGAUGGUACAUUUGUACAAGUCAUACAAUGUGAUUGUACUGCAUGUGAUGUAGCAGUUGAUAAUGAAGGAAAGAUACAUAUUGCUACUCACAAGGACAAUCAUGUUCAAGUCUUCUCUCCUGAUGGUAAAACUCAUCUUCAUACGUACAAUAAUCCUCAUAGUGGCUCUGGUUAUCUUCAAGGAAUUGCUAUUGAUGAUAAUGGACAUAUCUUAGUAUUGACUUACAAUGGUAGUAAUUCUUGUGUUUAUGCAUUGAGUCCUGAUGGCAAAGAAGUUGAAUUAAUCUCAGGAUUAAAUAAUCCAUAUGGUAUAGCACUGGAUAAGGAUGGAUGUAUUUAUGCUGCUAACAACAAUCGUAUAGUGAAAAUAUUGUAGUUAUUCAAUAAUAAAAAUACCUCUCCUUUCCCUUCUCUCUCUUGAACACACUAUCUAUCUCUCUGUCAACAAACUGACUAUAAUAGUUAUAAUAGUUACUAGAAAGAAUAUAAAACAUUGAGGGGCUCCGCCUCCAGACCGCACCUCCCAGUCACGCCCAGACGUACGUUCAAGUUCUUGUAAGUAAGGGCUUCGCCCAAUUAAUUU